AACAGUUUUUGCGCCAAUUUUGGGCUUAAUAUAUUGUGAACAUGUAAUAACUUAGCUAACUGAACUAAAAUUUAUUAGGGUUAACAUAAAAAUGAUUUGUCUUUAUCCAUUAUCCAAUUCUGCGUAUCAAAUUUUAUUAAAAAAAUAAAAAAAUAUAUCUUUUACAACUUCGGAAUUAUUCAAGAUUCAAAAUGUCUAACAUAAAAACGAUUGCCACUGCUGCUCGCUCUAUGAAGACGCGACAAAGCCGGCCCUUUAGGGUAUCCAUAGAAGGAAAUAUAGGUUCUGGAAAAUCAACCUGUAUUAAAUACUUUGACAAAUAUCCUAACAUUGACAAACAUGCGGAGCCUAUAGCCGAAUGGCGCAACGUUAGUGGUCAUAACCUACUCGGUUUGCUGUACAGUGAUCUCAAUGAAUGGAGCUUUGCUUUCCAACAUUAUGUGCACCUUAGCCGCCUCAAAAUACAAACCAGUCCACCGUCCAAUCCAAACAUUACUGUCAAAAUGUUUGAAAGGUCGGUACAAAACAGCAGAUUCUGUUUUGUAGAGAAUGCUAAGAAACAAAACUUCCUGAAAGACCCAGAAUAUGAGGUGCUUCUAAAAUGGUUUGAUUACACCGAGCAGAAUUUGGAUAUUAGUUUAGAUCUUAUAGUUUACUUAAGGACGACUCCACAAACAGUGUGGGAAAGAAUGAUGAAGAGAGGACGAGCUGAAGAGGCUGAGGUACCAUUAGACUACUUAGAACAGGUCCAUGAAUCAUAUGAAAACUGGCUGAACUCUCCCGACGUAGGCUGUGAGGUGCUCACGAUUGACGCCGACCGUAACAUAGAGGAGGUCAAGAAAGAUUUAGACCGUUACAGCUACAAAAUACUUGGCGGGAACCAUACUAACUGAACCAUUAGGUGUUACAAUCAUUUCUUAUAAAGUAUUAAAUAAGUAUAUUAAAUUUAAAUAUAUAAUAAUAGUGUAUGUUUAAUAAAUGCUAUUUAGAAUUUUAUAAAGAUAUUAAUUAUUUUGUAGUGGCUUAAUGAUUGAUGCCAAUAAUACAUAUUAUAUAGUGUAAGGGUUUGUGCUGCAAUGUAAUAAACACAUCUCCAAAGAUAUCCAAUCUAGCUAAGAGCAAUCAGUACAUUUAUUUCUCUUUAAUAACUCAUAGUAUAGCUGUGGUUAUAAGAUGUUAGUAUUGUUCAUGUUUAUAUGAAACACAAAUCAUGCUCCUAAACCUAUUAUUAUUGUGUAAUGAAUGUCUAACAAAAUUAUUUUAGACUAAGUAUAUAUGUGUGUGUAGUAAAAUGUGUGGCAAAAAAAUCUUUAAUUAACACUCACAUGUAUGCAUAUUUUUUAUUAAACAACAUUGUUUUUGGCUAUGUACUCGUAACUAUAAAGACUGCAAUAAAGAAUAACAGAUACUACGCACCUAUUUAUUUCUCACUCAAUUUGAUCUCGAUACAUUUAUCUCUUGCCUGUUUUUUAAAUGAAGCAAAAAACAAAUGGAGCAUUAACAUUUUAUUUAGGAUAAAUAAAUAAUCCUAUUGUACUACAUAAAAACAUUUCUAGCGGUAGAGGUGAUCGGCUCUGAUGUUAGUUGCAAUCUCACUCUCCCAUUUGUCUCCGUUUGAGAGUAAUUUCUCUUUAUUGUAAAGGAGUUCUUCGUGGGUUUCGGUCGAGAAUUCAAAGUUCGGUCCUUCUACGAUCGCAUCAACUGGACAAGCCUCCUG